CUCAUUCUAGCCCCAUGCUUCCUCGCAGCCAUAGUUUCUGAAGCUGGGCUUAGCUAUGUAGGAGCCUCUCUCAGAAUUCCUCUUCCUCAUACAGUGCUUCUCCUCUGCAGUUAGUCGUUCUUCCAAUACCUCAAUCCUCACGUGUCGAUCCAAUCAACUGCCAUGUUCAACCGAUUCAAUCUCGACCGUUUCAAGAAAGCGCAAUCGUCGGAACCCUUCGGAGUUGGGGAGACUCGUGGAGCAGCUCAAACCACUGCCAGCAGACCGGAGAAUCCAUCCGCUGCUUCGCCGGCAACGAUUGUCGCAGCAGGCCGUGCGACAGUUACUGUCGUCCAUGCCACGUCAGCGCAGCCAGUCCGGUCGCCCUUUACUAAACAGCCGCAGGAACAGGCGUCCCAGAAACCUGCUCCCCAGCAGCAGGAACAACCGCCGCAGCAGGCGCAAGAGCAGCAAGUAGUUGCGAUCACCAUUGGUGGCGGAGCGUCCACGUGGCAGCCUCCGGAGUGGGCUGUGGUUCCAAAACCAGGCGUGUACUCGCUGGAAGUUCUCAAGGAUGGAGUCUCAGCUGGCAGCAUACCAUUGGACAGAAAGCGAUCUCUGUUUGGGCGGCAAACAACGACCUGCGACUAUGUGUUGGAGCACCCCUCUCUCUCGCGCCAGCACGCCGCAGUGGUGCACAGAAAGAACGGCAGCGUCUUCGUCAUUGACCUGGGCUCUGUCCACGGCACAUAUGUCUCUAACGAGCGCCUCUUAAAGGAUAUUCCCGUGGAGAUUGAGCCCGGCCAGUCGCUGCGCUUUGGUGCCUCCACACGCACUUACGUGCUGCGAAAGGCAAUCCCACCGCCCCUGCCGCCAUCACCUCUGCCAUCGUCAGCAGCAGCUACAGAUCUUGCCAGCUCGGAGGAAGCGCUCUCAGCUGCUGCUACGGCCUGGCCAGGAGCAAGAGAACCUCAGCAGCAGCAGCAGCAGCAGCAGUUGCCACCUCCCCCAGAUAAGGCCGACCCCGAGGCAGUUGCACAGUACAACAUGGUUCUGAACCGGUUUGGGGUGCCUGCUGGGGAGUACAACCUCGGGAAUACCGGUGCUGGGCCUUCUAGACGAGCAGUGGAGAGAGAGAGGAAGAGGAAGAGAGGCACAGAGGAGGGAGGGGAGAAGGAAGCAGCAGCUGAGGGAGAGAAGGGUGGGGAAAGGUUGGAGCACCGUGCAGGCGAAGGGAGGGAGGGAGGGGUCAGUGAAACGGAUGACGGGACGAAUGGGAAGGCAGAAGAGGAAGAGCCCGCUGGAAAGAGGCACAAUGCUGGAGCACCUUCAGCAGCAGCAGCAGCAGCAGCAGCAGCAUCUCGCAGGCCUCAAGCUUUUCUGUCGACAAGCGAGGCUGCGUCAAGAGCAAGGAGUGCACAAGUGAAGUUCCGCGACGAGCAGGGGGGGCUGCUGGUGGAGGUGGUGGGGUUCUCGGACGGGGCGCACGUGGGGGCAGAGCCGGGGCCCGUGGGGGUGAAGGAGGGCGGCAGCCUCAUGGGGCGCUUUGACUCGCUCGUGCAGACAGUGGUGAUCCCUCGCGUGCGGACCAAGAACACUGCUGCUGGUGCUGCUGGUGCACCAGGAUCCGCCUUGGCGUCCACAUCAGCCGCAGUGCUACCCAGCCAACCAGGGUUGUCACCAGUGCAAUCAUCAUCAUCACCAUCACCAGCACUGCCCUCCCUGUCAUCUCUAUCCCCCUCUGCCCUUCCAUCGCCAUCUGCAUUAGCAUCCCCAUCGGGCAAGGUGAGUGUGGCGGACCGGAUGAAGUGGUACGUGGCGAGAGUCAAGUCGCCCAAGCAGCAGGGGCUCUACGGGGGCCUGGGGGAAGCGAAUGUGCUUGUGAAGAAAUCAGAGUCCUGGGCUGAGGCCCGCAGUGAAGAAAAUGGUUCUGCUGCUGGUGUUGCUGGUGGCAGUGCUGCUGCUGCUGCUGCUGUUACGGGCCAACAGCAUGGGGCUGAAGACGAUGGCAAAGACCUGUUCUCUGCCGCUCCAUGAUGCCUUGGUUGGUUGCUUUAACCUGAUGGAUGUAUUUGACAAGAUUGUUGUGAUUUAGUCCAAGCCUGUGCUGAUUGCGACUCUUAGCCUGCUCAUUU